GAAAUCCCUAUGAAGAAAGUGGGAGAAACCACGGUCCCAAAGACCGAAAACGAAUUUGAUGCCGAGGACAUCAAGAAGAUUGAAAACUAUGCAAAGGCCAUCAAUAUGCUAUAUUGCGCGGUCAACCCCGAUGACUACCGAAAGAUCUCCUGUUGCACAACCGCCAAGGAGAUGUGGGACAAGCUUGAAGUGACGUACGAAGGUACCGAUCAAGUUCGCGAAGCCAAGAUCGAUUUUCUCACCCAAGAGUACGAAAUGUUCCGGAUGAAAGAAGGUGAGAAAAUUGAUGACAUGUUCGACCGUUUUUCAAAGAUCAUCAACGACCUUCAUGCUCUCAAAAAGACUUACACCAACAAGGAUCUCGUGAGGAAAAUCCUGCGAAGCCUCACACCCGAAUGGAGGUCAAAAGCCGAUGCAAUCUAUGAAUCCAUUGGAGUCUCCAACAAAAAGGGGAUAGCUCUCAAAGCCACCAAGGAACCGGUGGAAGAGGCUUCAAGCGAUGACGACCAUGAAUUCGGGCUCGUCAUCAAGAAGUUCCACAAGUUCAUGAAGAAGGAAUUUGAGCGGAAGGGAAGGAAGCACGAUGGUCCUCCCAAGUGCUACGGCUGUGGUGAAAUUGGCCACAUCAAGCCAAGGUGUCCAAAGGCCAAACACGGCAAGGAUAAGCCUGGCUUCAAGAAGCAAAGGGCCUGUAUCUCUUGGGGUGGCGAUUCCGGCGACGAAUCAACCGACCAAGAGGAGGACGAAGCUGCAAAUCUCUGCCUGAUGGCGCACGAAGAUCAAAGCAACGACGUCCAAGAG